AUGGGAGAAAUGAUUGUUUCUCUAGACGAAGAUAUCAGACUGGAUACAACACGAGCAAGAUUCUCAAGUCUUCUCAAGAGGCAUCGAGAACUGACAGGCCGUCUUUCUAGGGAUUCUGAUAAGACAAUAUUUGAUCGGUUAAGCAAAGAAUUUGAAGCUGCAAGGACAUCGCAAAUUCAGGAAGUCUGCUUAGAUGGGGAAGAGUGGAAUGAUGGUUUAUUGGCUACACUAAGGGAACGGGUGCAUAUGGAGGCUGACAGAAAGCCAGAUAACGGUAAUGCAGGUUUUGGACUACUUUCUCAUCCUGAAGAACGAGUUACUUACAGAGUGGGAAACAAGGUUAUCUUUUGCCUAGAGGGAGCAAGAAUUGGGAUACAGUAUGAAACAUCUUUUGCAGGAGAGACUUACGAGCUUUAUCAUUGUGUGCUUGAGAGCAAGUCGUUUCUGGAAAAGAUGACUGUACUUGAGCACACAAUUCCAUUCUUUUUGCCACUACGUGACUUGGAAAGUGAUCUUCUUUGUUCAAAUGCCAAGAAAUUCAUAGAUAAUGUUGGGGAACUUCUACAAGCAUAUGUGGACAGGAGGGAACAGGUCCGGCUUAUCAAAGAGCUCUAUGGGAAUCAGAUCAGGGAGCUUUAUCACAGUCUUCCCUACCAUAUGAUUGAAUUUGCCAUAGACGAUUGUGACUGCAAGGUGAUGGUGAGCCUGAGAUAUGGAGAUCUUCUGUGUGAACUUCCGACAAAAGUGAGAGUUCUAGCAUGGCCAAUGAUGAUGCAUCAUCAGUUUAAGAGACAGUGUACAAGCCCUAGAUUUGGUAAACUUGGAAGUCAAACAAUCCCUGUGCGUUUAUCUUUCGCCGAGGACGCCUUACGCAUCCAAUCACUACCUGAAGCAUAUGCAGAGAUUGUAGUAAACAUGCCUCAAGAAAUUGAGCAAAUAUUUCUGUAG